AUGGGAGAUUUUGGUUCAUCCGGAGAGAAGAAAAAGCCCGUGGAGUUAGACGAGCCGCAGGCAAAAUCCACGUCCGAGCUCGCAAGGCUCUGUAAAAGAGAGGCGAUAAGAGAUAAACUCAAAGAGAAAAGAGCAGAAGUGUUGGCUGCAGCUGCGGAGGCGGGAAAGACCAUUCGCUACCCCCGUCGAGAAUUCAGGAUAAGAUCUGAACAUCUGAAGUAUCUUCUGCCAGUUCUCAUCAACACUCUGACAAGACUCUUCACACGUUACCUGUCGGAAUGCAAGGUUCCCAAACAGUGGGAGAGCAGUGAGACCGCGUUGUCGUAUAACAAGGGAGAUCCGUAUGAUAUCGCUAACUAUCGCCCAAUCUGCUUACUAUCCAUCAUCUACAAGCUCUUCACAAAAGUGAUCCUUAACAGGAUCGCAAAAGUGUUAGAUGAAGGGCAGCCAUGA